GGAUAAAACCCGCCACCACCUCAGCUGGGCCACACACAUCGCACACAUCCAGGAGAGAUCCUCAUCAUGAAGUUCGUGGCUCUGACACUCGCCCUGCUGUUCGCAGGUGCCCAGGCCCGGUUCCUCUGGCAGGCGGAUGCCCCCCCCUCUCAGUUGGAACAGGUGAGGCAGGCCCUGACCCUGUACGCCGCCCAGGUGCACGAGACAGCCAAGAAAGCCAUCGAGCAGCUGGAAGGAACCGAGUUCGGUCAGCAGUACAAGCUGCAGCUGUCCCAGAGCCUGGACAGUCUCCAAUCCUAUUCCAAGCAGGCCUCUGAGACCCUGAGGCCUUACGGGGACGUGGUGAGCAGCACCGUCUUGGAGGCCACCAAGACCUUCCGGGAGAGGCUGAUGGCCGACCUGGAGGACCUCCGCAAGCAGGUGGAGCCCCACAGGGAGGAGGUCCGCAAGACCCUGCAGGCCCACCUGGACCAGUACCGCGAGAAGCUGGAGCCCAUCUUCCAGGAGGAGCUGAAGAAGGGGCAGGAGAGGAUCGAGGAGCUGAAGAAGAAGGUGGAGCCCGUGGCCGAGGAGCUGCGGGAGAAGGUGAAGGCCAACGUGGAGGAGAUGAAGACCAAGCUGACGCCCAUCGUGGAGGCCGUGCGCGCCAAGCUGACCGAGAGGCUGGAGGAGCUCAGGAAGGUGGCCGCCCCCUACGCCGAGGAGUACCGGAGCAAGCUGGGCGACGCCGUGUCGGAGGUGCGCGAGAAGGUCGGGCCCAUGGCCCAGAACCUGCGCGAGAAGCUGGAGCCCUACAAGGAGGACCUGUCCGCCAAGCUGUCCGCCCUCUGGGAAACACUGGCCCAGAGCCUCAAGCAGUAAAGUACACUGGGACACACUGGAACACUGGGACACUGGCACACUCUGACACUGGGACACACUGGAACACUGACACACUGGGACACACUGGAACACUGACACACUGGGACACACUGGAACACUGGGACACACUGGGACACUGGGACACUGGGACACUGGGACACACGGGCAUACUGAGACACUGGCGCAGUGACACUCUGACACACUGGCGCAGUGACCCACUGGCACCCUGGCACUCUCACGCACUGAGGCACACUCACUCACAAUACAAGACCCACAGUGUCUUUACCUUUUCACACCCCUCCUUAGGUCUUAAUCACUUCAGUGAGCUCACGUUUUGAUGACAGGACCGGCGGGACCUGUUUUCCCUGGAGGAGCUCAGCUCUAGGAGUAUGACAGAGACUGGAGCGAGGAGCCUGUAGGAGAGGCCCGGUGCUCGACACACACGCUCGCCGGCGCUCUGACGAAUGCACUGAUAUAUUCUUGAGCUCGAGAGCCCCGGGGAACCGACACCCUGUGCUAGAAUCGUCACCUCUCCCUUCUCUGCUGUUGCUCUGCGUUGUGAACCCUCAAAGGAAGCCCCCCUGUAUUGUACCUCUCUCCCCUCCAGUCUGCUGACCCCUGACCCCCCCCACUAAUAAAGGACAUGUGCUGUUUGCUA